GCACACGCACGCACUCGCUACAGUCGUAUUUAUAUAAAAGAGUUUGCAGUCCCACGGCGGCGCCUCACUCAAACAGAAACUGUCGCCGAGUGCGCUCCUCGUUGUCGAAGUGUCGCGCAAACGCAAGUGGCACCAACAUGCGGUUCAGCCGGAGGCAGGGAUUCGGGACGGUGCUCCUUCUGCUGUGCGUCUUCGCGUCUCUCGCCAAGGCAGCCGUGUUCGUGCAACCUGUUGACGUGAAAAACAAACAAUGCAUCUGGAAGAAGUACGCCAUUCCAGACGGAGCUCACAUCAACCUCGCCAAUCCCUGCAUGAGCCUUACUUGUGACUCACGGCUCAAGUACCUACGAGGCGCAUCGUGUGGCCGCGUCUCACUGCAGGGCUAUCCGAAGAACUGCACCUUGAAGAAAGGCAAGGGAAUCUACCCAAAAUGUUGCAAAACGCAUGUCAUCUGUUCGUGAGCAUCACCUCCUCGCCGAGGUCAGACAAGACCAAG